AUGCGACCAACUUUAAUAGUCGUGUUACUGGGGAUAUUCAUCCCAUUACACGUCAAAGCCGCACCACAGCUUUUGGGAGGAGGAGGUGGUUUGCUUGGCACUGGCCUAGGAGCAACUCAGGGUUUACUAGGAACUGGAAUCCUAGGAUCUGGAACCACUAGUGGAUUACUAGGAACAGGUAUAGGUGCUACUUCCGGGUUACUAGGAACUGGAAUCCUAGGAUCUGGAACCACUAGUGGAUUACUAGGAACAGGUAUAGGUGCUACUUCCGGGUUACUUGGCACGGGAGUGCUUGGAUCUGGAACCACUAGUGGAUUACUAGGAACAGGUAUAGGUGCUACUUCCGGGUUACUUGGCACGGGAGUGCUUGGAUCUGGAACCACUAGUGGAUUACUAGGAACAGGUAUAGGUGCUACUUCCGGGUUACUUGGCACGGGAGUGCUUGGAUCUGGAACCACUAGUGGAUUACUAGGAACAGGUAUAGGUGCUACUUCCGGGUUACUUGGCACGGGAGUGCUUGGAUCUGGAACCACUAGUGGAUUACUAGGAACAGGUAUAGGUGCUACUUCCGGGUUACUUGGCACGGGAGUGCUUGGAUCUGGAACCACUAGUGGAUUACUAGGAACAGGUAUAGGUGCUACUUCCGGUUUACUAGGAACUGGGAUACUUGCUGGAGGGUCUGGCACGACUUCGACGAUUGUGGUUCCUACCACUACCACUGUAGCUCCCACUACUACCACCGUUGUUCCGACCACUACCACUGUAGCUCCCACUACUACCACUGUUGUUCCGACCACUACCACUGUAGCACCGACUACUACGACUGUAGCUCCCACUACUACUACAGUAGCUCUAACCACUACCACUGCAGCUCCAACUACAACGGCUAGUUUAUCGACAGUUACAUUCAAUGUUGGCGGAAGUUUAAUAACUGUAAAUGCAAACGACCAAGCAACCAUUAACGCCAUCAAUGCAGCGCUAGGUGCAUCGACUACUACAGCUACUCCUACAACUAUCACUACUAUUUCCAGUUCAGGAUCUACUGUUUCCUUCAAUAUCGGUGGUUCUAUUAUUACCGUAAACGCAGCAGACCAAGCCACAAUCGCAGCUAUAAUUCAAAGUCUAACAGCUGGAGGUACCACAACGACUGCGGCAGCUACUACAACCGCGACCACAACGACAACCUCAACUUUAACAUCCACUACCACAACAAGCAAGGCUCCGUCUACAACGACGUCAAGAACGCCGACAACCGUUACUCCAAUUGCAUCCUCGCUGUCUAUUAACAUUAUCAUCAACAUUAAUGGGCAAUUCAUAAUGAUUUCUGCAUCGAAUCAAAAUAUGAUUGAAUUGAUUACUAAUACCAUAAAGCAGAUAUCAGUUACAACACCUACUGCAAGUUCAACGCAGCCAACAGUGGUUAUCCAAACUACACAUGGCAAGUCACAGAUUGGUGGUGGCAGAACAGGAGGAUGUGUGCGUCGCAGAGACUUUUCGCGAGAGAAUCGACGACUUGGUACUGGUAUUGGUUUAGAAUUUGGGAUUCGCGGAACUUUUGGUGGUGGUAUUCAAGCCGGUAUUGGAGCAGGAAUAGGUGCUCGUGGCAAUCACGGAGCUGGCAUUGGAGCAGGAAUCCGUCUACAAGGGCCAUUGGGUGGAAGCAUUCAAGCUGGGUUUGGAGCAGGGCUAAGCGGAAUACGGCAUCAUCAUGGAUAAAAUGAUAAAAGAUUUUGUGCAACACGGUUGAAGAGAAGAUAAAAUCAGACUCAGAUUGCGAGCAAUUGAUCUUUUUUUAAUGGUGAAUCUUUUGAAUGGUAUGGGAGCCU